AUGGCGAGAUUCUCUCACCUCUUUGGCCUUUUGUGCGUCAACAUAAUCUGGAUAAGACCAGUGCUCGUACGGAAUGAUACCGUAUCUGGCUGUGCCGGAGACCAUGGCAGAGGUCUGUUUGAUGAAAUCCUCGGUGAACGGCUUGUCGUUGAGGAAAACCCAGUCGUAUUGGUAGUUUCUGUUGAACCGGCUUUCGAGCUGCUGGAUCGACUGCAACAUAUCAAACAGUUCCUCGUUCCGCACCAGUGUAAGCAUCGUGGCGUUCUGCUUGGCCGCGUUGCCGUACUUGUCCUUGACGAUCCGGAUCUGCUCGUACGGUUUGUACUGGUGGGUCAUGGAUCCAUGGUAUCCGGAAGGCAGAGGGGCCUUGUCUGGGUUGCGCUUGUGUGCGUUGUCCAGCGGGGUACCCACCAGCGGGUUCUUUGGGAUCUCCUGGAUCGGCUCGCUCGGUGGAGUUUUGAUCUGCUGGGUCAUCUCGUCGGCGUGUUGUUGCUGGGCCUCAACAGCAGCGUUGCUAACGAGUUGGUCGCCGUCGUCGUCGUCGUCGUUCGACUCGGUAGAGCCGUGGGGCUCGGCCGGCUGAUCAUGCUCCUGUGCCGGUGGAUCCCGGCUCUCCUCGUGGCCAGCAGGCUCCUCGAUCACCUCCUGCCGUCCAAACGACGGAACAAAACUGCCGUUGUACGUAGACAUGUGUUUCUGGAUGUCCACCAAGGAACUCUGGAACCGUUGUGUCUGAUCGACCGUUCCGAAGAUCAUACCAAACACAACAAGAACCAACGCCAAGGCUAG